CACCUCUCUUAUCUACUCACCCCCCUAUCUCCUUUCUUCUCUGCAUUCUUUUUUAAAACCAAAGCGCCCAGUUUUAGUGAUACAACAACACCACGUUUAGUAGCCAAACGUAGCCCAAAUAAUGUUUUUAUACGCGGAAGUAUAAGUGAAAGUAAAAAUAGCUAAAGCUACACGAGCUCACUGCAAUAGGACGCGAGAAAGAUUUUGGGGACAAGAUAUCCUUCAUGUUGGGACAUACCAGUGAUGGGGCAGAAUCACACCCUGUGACAUGGCUUGUACAAGGCAAUCUGCUUUAAAGUACAUUCAAAAUGGAAGGAGACUCCUUGUUGAAAGGCUCCAGAAUCUGUCCCUCGUUGUGGAAAACCUGUUCCAGCGCAAGGUUCUUCAAGAGGAGGAAGUCAGUAAAAUUCAGGCAGAAGUUGACCGUUUUGACCAAACCAGAAAAAUACUGGACUGGGUCACGGCCAAAGGAGAAGCUGCAUGCUACGAGUUACUGAUGAUUCUAGACAUCACAAGGAAGAGGACCUUAGACAACGCUGACUUACAGCAAUGGAUAAGCUGCUUCCCCUUCAAGGAAGACCCAGAGAUGACAGACUACCUUGUUGGUUCAAAACCCUGUCACAGAUAUCAGUCACAGCUGAAAUGUAAAGCUCGGAAGAUCACAGAGGGUGCAUGGAAACAAAGCUCUCGUCUCCUACCAGUGAGGAAUAGAAAUGAGGUGACUUUCUCUUACACUCCUCUUGUGUUAGAUACAGACGUGCCUUCAUCUCUCUCUAAAAUCGAAACGAAGAGCAAAAGAUGCAAGAAAGCUCGCCCUAAAAAGCUAAAGAGCUUCAUCCCCAUGGCCAAACAGGAAACGUCCCCGGCUGACCUGCUUAAAACACCCAUGAGAAGGAUCCUCUUAUUUGGAAAACCUGGAAUUGGAAAGACAGCAGUCGCCCAUCAAAUGUUGAACCUCUGGGCACAGAAAGAUCACAGAGAACUAGAUUACAUGUUUUAUUUUGAUGUGAGAGACAUUUCACCCAGCACAAAUCCCAUGAGACUGGAGGACCUUCUCUUUAACAUGUACAGUGAGCCAGAAGAAAGUAGAGAAGAAGUGUUACAGGAUAUMAAGAAGAACUCUGAAAARGUUGUCAUKAUUUUUGAUGGAAUCACAGACCUCUCCURUCAUUCYGUAAUAAAGAAACUUGUGMWCAAGGACCUCCUCCCUGAUGCAAAGAUUGUGAUCACAUGCAGACCAGAGGUWCCAUCAGYAGACUUCCUGACAGACUGGCCCUCGUUCAGAGUGGAGGUGAAAGGGUURAGUAAUGAGUCCAUCCGGGCUUACUUAARAAKGAUGCUGAGUGCUGAGCCUAACCCUACGCCAAACCAUGACUCCUUGAGCAGUGUGUUAAACAACCUAGAGUUGUUCAGUCUGUGCCAUGUCCCGAUGUAUGCAUUGAUGGUGGUUGCCUGCAUUUAUUAUUCUACCCCAGAGGCUUCUAAGCAGCCAUGGCCUACAACUAAGAUGUACAUCAACAUCCUCCGUUACUGCAUCCUAAAACACAGUGGCAAACAGARGAACGAUCUCYACAAGUGUCURGUAGAAAACAGAGAYAAAAUAUUGUCUUUAGCAAAAAUUGCUUUUGAUGCAACACAGCAAAAAACYAUGAACUUGACAGAACUGAGCUGCGAACUAAGCAGUGUCCAGUUUUCUUUCUUGGGGGCGCUUAUGAUUAUGGUCGAGCCCACAGUCUCAGACACUUACUCUGCAUUUCUCCARUACACAAUGCAGGAGUUCUUUGGUGCCCUUUGGCUCUUACAGAAUCCAGACAAAAUCAGAGAGGUUCUASAGAAGUGCCAGACUGAYGAAUGGAAACACACAAAACACAUGGUUCCUUUCYUYUGUGGGCUUCUGAAUGAGAGGAAUAUUCAAUUGGUAAAUGGUCUAGUUCCAGCUCAACAGAUCAAGAAGACGUCAGAUUGGUUCUUCAAGGAAGUGGUGAACACAUUUCUUCCACUUCAAACAAACCAAGAUCAUGCAGAAGGUGYUGCUCCUGAGUUUGAGAUAGAUCUUCUGUUUUUAUGUCAGUGCUUGUAUGAAUCUCAGUCUACUGAGGCCUGUUUGUUUCUUCUGGACAAACUGGACUACAAUCUAGACCUGGAUGAAGAACAUCUUGAUCCUCACCAGUGCUGUGCAGUCUCCUAUAUGAUCAGUCAGUCUGCAGAGAGAAAGGUCGGCUUGGACCUGAACAGCUGCACUGUGUCAGACCAAGGACUAAGGCUGAUACUGGCCUCCCUGAAGAAUGUCCGAUAUCUCAGAUCUGACCCCUCAAUGCUGUGUCAACUCUGGACAACUUUGCUGAGCGGUGAGGCAGACAUUGACUUCACCAGCUUACUUGGUCUCUGUGGAAAUGAGUUGCGCCUUCCAUUCCUGGGUGAAAGACGAGUGUUUGAGAGAGCAGAAGAAGUGAUGAAGCAGAGCCUAGAGAGGGUUAACCUCCUUCUACACUGGGAUCGGACAACUCUUCUCAGUGAAGCUCUCAGCAAGACCAUUUUAAAGUGUUUGACACAUAUCAACAAACUCAGUUUUACCCCACUACAACAUCAGAGAGGAUCCCCUGAAAAACUAGAGAAAGAAGAAAAAGCAGUCCUACUAGAUUUGUGUCUACAAGCAGGAUUAUAUCACAGAGAAACGUUCCAGGGUGCUGUGAACACACUGCUGUCACUGUUUUCUGUGUAUCAAACUGAAAGAUAUGACAUCCUGCUGGAUCUGUACUCACAUGUGAAGUACAAUAGGAAACAAGCAGGCAGAAGUAUCCUUCCAUCAUUGAGACCACUUUACCAGCCAGCUCCUGCAGUCUGGUCCAUAGACCUCUCAGAGAGAAAGGCCUCCCUCCUCCUAGAAGUGCUGAAACUUCAACCAGAGAAGAAAUCUGUAGAGCUGAAGUACUGGUCAGAUGAAGAGAGUGAAGUGAGGAGUUUCCUUCAGUGUCUGCCCUACAUCUCACAGCUCAGGAUUGCUCCACCACAGGAUCAGAGAAGAUCCCCUGAAGACUGGAGAAAGAGAGAGAAGACAUUCCUACUGAAUCUGUGUCUUCAAGCAGCCCUCCAUGAGAGAGAAACCAUACAAACAACUGUAGAGAAAGUGUUGUCACUGUCUGAAGUUUAUSACGAUCGGAAAUGGYYUCUCCUGCUGGAUCUGUACUCACAUGUGAAGGACUAUGAGACUCAAACAGGCAGGAGUGUCCUUCCAGCAUUACAGCCAGUUUACCAGUCAGCUCCUGCAGUCUGGUUCAUAGACCUCUCAGAGAGAAAGGCCUCCCUCCUCCUAGAAGUGCUGAAACUCCAACCAGAGAAGAAACCAUUAGAGCUGAAGAUCUGGUCAGAUGAAGAGAGUGAAGUGAGGAGUUUCCUUCAGUGUCUGUCCUACAUCUCACAGCUGAGGUUCUAUCCAUUGUGGUCAAAUCCCUCAAAGCGGAUCAAGUUCCUGGUUAAUCUCCUGUCUCAAGCAGCAGAGUGGGAUGAGCAGACAGGAGAGAAGACACUGAAGCUGGUAUCAUCAAUGUGUACUUACUGCAACUUUCCUUAUCCCUGUGGAGCCAAUUCUAUACAGAGUGAUUUCCUGCUGGAUCUGUACUCACAUGUGAAGGACUAUGAGACUCAAACAGGCAGGAGUGUCCUUCCAGCAUUACAGCCAGUUUACCAGUCAGCUCCUGCAGUCUGGUCCAUAGACCUCUCAGAGAGAAAGGCCUCCCUCCUCCUAGAAGUGCUGAAAUUCCAACCAGAGAAGAAACGAGUAGAGCUGAAGGGCUGGUCAGAUGAAGUGAGGAGUUUCCUUCAGUGUCUGCCCUACAUCUCACAGCUGAGGUGAGUCUGAACAUGUGUGGUGGUUCGUGAUUAUGUGAUGCUAGUGGUUAUUAUCUUGUAGAAACAUUUGACAUAUAAAACUUCAAGUGUUGGUAAAUCGUGUAGUGGUAUUGUUAGAGAGGGGUAAAGGUAAAGAUUUUGUUCGGGCGCCGGGCAGGUAUUAACUCUGCAGAAAGGAAAAGAAUAGGAUAGAGAGAGACCCACUACCAGACACACACACAUCAGCAGAAGAGACUGUCUAGAGUAUAGCCUGUUAGCCAGAUAGCCAGUGGAGAGAAAAGAUAAGACAUACCAUAUAAAACACCCAUCACAGCACAGGGGUAACCCCACCAAUAAUACCUCAUACAAUAAUGAUGGCAGAGCAAUUUAACGGCAACUUCAUAGAAACAAUUUACAGAAAGAACCCAGUCAUCAACAUUAGAGGAUUUGCAGUAAUCUGUAUUACCUCUCAGUGGA